AUGGCUGCAGCUGUGUCUUCAUUCCCCGUCAGUGCCCUCCCGGCCUACAAGCAGAUUCCAGAAACAGCCCACGAGUUGGACUGGGCUAACCUGGUAACCCUUGAUCUGUCCAAGUUCGACGAGCCUGGAGGCAAAGAGGCUCUCGCCAACCAGCUGUUCAAGGCUCUGCAGGAAGUCGGCUUCUUUUACAUUGUAAAUUUCGGCCUCAGCCAAGAGGAGGUCGAUGAGCAGUUCGCCAUUGGGAAGAACCUCUUCGAACUGCCUACUGAGGAGAAGCUCAAAUACCGUGCUGAUCUAGAAAACGGUGGCUACAAUGGCUACAAACCUCUUGGGCUGCGGGAAGUGACUCCCGGUAUCUUCGACAACACCGAGAUCUUCAAUAUCCCCAAGUUCAUCCCCGAGCUGGACCGCCCUCAGCCCUCAGUGAUCAACACCCACAAGCCCCAGAUCGAGAAGUUCGCCCGCCACAUCCACCACAACGUCGUGCAGAAGCUCCUGGCCCUCUUCGCCAUCAUCCUCGAGCUCCCGGAGGACCACUUCUCCCAAUUCCACCGCUACGACGCCCUCUCGGACUGCCACCUGCGGUACAUGAAGUACCACGCCCGCGACGCCGAGACCAACGCGAAGCUCAACAACGUCUGGGUCAAGGGCCACACCGACUUCGGCAGCCUCACCCUGCUGUUCCGCCAGCCCGUCGCGGCCCUGCAGGUGCGCGGCCAGGACGGCGGCUGGAAGUGGGUGAGGCCCCUCGACGGCUCCAUCACCGUCAACGUCGCCGACGCGCUGCAGUUCCUGACCAACGGGUUCCUAAAGAGCAGCAUCCACAGGGUCGUGGCGCCUCCCGCGGACCAGGCCCACGUGGACAGGCUGGGCGUGCUGUACUUUGUCCGGCCGGAGGAUGCGCUGGAGCUGCGGCCGGUGCAGAGCAAGGUGCUGGAGAGGCUGAAUUACAGGCCCGAUCCGGAUGCGCAGCUGGCCGAGGGGAUCACGGCGGGUGAGUGGGUGAAGGCUCGCGUGAAGGCGGGGGUGAAUCGCAGCAAGACGGCGAGGAGUCAGCUGGCUGAGGAGGAUAUUCUGAAGGGGGUCAAGGCGAGGUAUUAUGACUGA